CUGGUCGGCCCGGGCCGCGCAGGCGCCAAGGCCGAAGCGACUGGGGGCGGUCGGCCCCUGGUUUCCCUGGAGACGGGGCGGAAGCGGCCGGAAACUGCGUUGUCGUUGGCCGCGGCAGGAUGGAGAAGCUGGGGGUGGAGCCGGAGGAGGAAGCCGGCCGCGACGAGGAAGAGGACGCGGCUAAGGCCAUGGACCCGGCGGAGGCGGGGGAGGCAGGCUGCUCGCGCGAUGCGCCGGUGCCUGAGGAGCCCGGCGGCGUCCCUUGGUUGGUGCCAGAAGGAGGUUCUUCAUCCAGAGUCAUAGUGCAUGUGGAUCUGGAUUGCUUUUAUGCACAAGUAGAAAUGAUAUCAAAUCCGGAACUGAAGGGUAAACCUUUAGGGGUUCAACAGAAAUAUUUGGUGGUUACCUGCAACUAUGAAGCUAGGAAACUUGGAAUUAAGAAACUUAUGACUGUCAGAGAUGCAAAAGAAAAAUGUCCACAGCUGGUAUUAGUUAAUGGAGAAGACUUGACACGUUACAGAGAGAUGUCAUAUAAGGUUACAGAGUUGUUGGAAGAAUUUAGUCCAGUUGUUGAGAGACUGGGAUUUGAUGAAAACUUUGUGGAUCUAACAGAGAUGGUUGAGAAGAGACGACAGCAGCUUCAAAGUGAUCAACUUUCAGCACUGACUGUGUGCGGUCAUGUAUAUAAUGACCAAUAUGUAAACCUGCAUGACAUCUUGCACGUCAGACUCCUUGUUGGAUCCCAGAUUGCAGCAGAGAUGCGGGAAGCCAUGUAUAAUCAACUGGGUCUCACUGGCUGUGCUGGAGUGGCUUCUAAUAAAUUAUUGGCAAAAUUAGUUUCUGGUGUUUUUAAACCAAAUCAACAAACAGUCUUACUACCUGAAAGUUCUCAAGUUCUCAUUCAGAGCUUGAACCAUGUAAAGGAAAUGCCUGGUAUUGGCUAUAAAACUACCAAACGUCUUGAAGCUCUGGGUAUCAGAAGUGUGCAUGAUCUCCAAACCUUUUCAUCCAAAAUACUAGAAAAGGAAUUAGGAAUUUCAGUUGCACAGCGUAUUCAGAAGCUCAGUUUUGGAGAGGAUAACUCUCCUGUGACACCCUCAGGACCACCUCAGUCCUUUAGUGAAGAGGAUUCAUUUAAAAAAUGUUCAUCGGAAGCUGAAGCUAAAAAUAAGAUUGAAGAACUACUUGCCAGUCUUUUGAACAGAGUAUGCCAAGAUGGAAGGAAGCCACAUACAAUAAGAUUAAUAAUCCGUCGGUAUUCACCUGAGAAUCACUGUAGCCGUGAGAGUCGUCAGUGCCCUAUUCCAUCGCAUGUAAUUCAGAAGUUAGGGACAGGAAAUUAUGAUGUGAUGACUCCAAUGGUUGAUAUACUUAUGAAACUUUUUCGAAAUAUGGUGAAUGUGAAGAUGCCAUUUCAUCUUACCCUUUUAAGUGUGUGCCUCUGCAACCUUAAAGCAUUAACUACUGCUAAGAAAGGGACUAUUGAUUAUUAUUUAACACCAUCAUUAUCGACAACUUCCCGCUCUGGCAAGCGCAGUUUUAAAAUGAAAGACACUCAUGUGGAAGAUUUUUCCAAAGACAAAGAAACAAGUUGGGAUUUUCUACCAUCUGGAAGAAUUGAAAGUACAAGAACUGGGGAAGCUCCAGUAGAUACUACACAUUUUUCUAAAGAAAAAGACACUGAUGAAUUCCCACUCUGGUCACUUUCUGAAGGUAUUGACCAAGAAGUCUUUAAGGAACUUCCAGUAGAUAUUCAAGAAGAAAUCCUUUCUGGAAAAUCUGGAGAAAAACUUGAAGGCAAAGAAAGUUUGAGUUGUCCAUUACAUGCUUCUAGAGGAGUAUUAUCUUUCUUUUCUACAAAACAAAUGAAAGAUAGUCCCUUAAAUCCUAAAGAUCAUUUAUCCAGUAGCAAACAGAUGUCUUCUUCCUGUGAACCAGGAACAUCAGGUUUAAGUAGCAGUAGUUGCUCUUCUCCGUCUAGCCAAAAGGAUUAUUCACAUUAUUUAGACAGUAGAUUAAAAGAUGAACAAAUGAGCCAAGGACCUAAAGAAUCUCAAGGAUUUCAUUUUUCACAUACAAACCCCGCUGUAUCUAUUUUCCAUUCAUUUCCAAAUUUGCAGAGUGAGCAACUUUUCUCCACAAACCGCACUACAGAUAGCCAUAAGGAACCACUAGCAACAGUCUCUCAUCAUGAAGGACUUCCAGAAAAUAGAGAGCAAGAUUCUACUGAUGAGAAAAUUACCUUUCCUUCUGACAUUGAUCCUGAAGUUUUCUAUGAACUACCAGAAGAGGUACAAAAAGAGCUGUUGGCACACUGGAAGAGAACAGGAUCAGAUUUCCACGUUGUACAUAAAUAAGCAUGUUCAGAAAAAAGGUCUAGAAAGCAAAGGAAAGGCCAUUGUUCUCAGAUCUGGCAGUUUAUUAAUAAGCUCCUCUAAAUUAAACACUAAUAGAUAUUCAAUAAUGUAGAAAUCUAAUAUAAGAUGUUCCAGAUAAAAGCAAGUGUAGUAAUGGGAAGUAAAUUCUGGCACAAAACAUAAAAAUAUUUAUAACAGAAAUAAUGUAAAAUGACCUUCUUAUUUCUAAAACUAUUUUAUAUUGCUUUUCAAUAAAAAGAGUAUCAUGGUUAGUACAUUUCCCAUAAAUUAAGGGGUAGGGUGGGAGAUAUAUGUACCUAUAUGUAAAAAAUAGGCUAGCUAAAUCAUUGCUAUAAUAUAGCAAAUAACAUUUUUUUUCUGUGAAAUAAUGAAAUGGCUCAAAAAAUAUAGCCCAUUAGGAAACUUCCAAAUAAGAAAUUCUGCUAUCUAUUAAAAAAUCAGUUAUCUUUGGCUGAAGUACUAUGUACUGUUUAAUAAGUUGAUUUUUUAAAAAAAUACCAAAGCAAUGUAUGUUCAGUUAAUGCUUCUGUGUACGCUAGAACCUACUAUAUUGCCUAGCACAUAGAAGGCACUCAAGAAAUAAUGAAUGGUGUGGCAGGGGCCAGGUGGGAAGUUGGGCAGGGGAGUGUACAUGUUGCAGAGAACUAGAAGGAACUCUCCAUCCAGGUACAUUAAGGGGAGGGUGGACCCCAAAAAGGCAGUAUGAUAGGUUUUUUAGAAUGCUAAGUAAUGGAAGAAUUCAUUUCCUUCUGGCUAGUCUUUAAAAAAAAAAAAAUUUUUUUUUUUUAGUGUUUAUUUUUGAGACAGAGAGACAGCAUGAGCAGGGGAGGGGCAGAGAGAGAGGGAGACAGAAUCUGAGGCAGGCCCCAGUCUCUGAGCUGUCAGCACAGAGCCCAAUGUGGGGCUUGAGCUCAAGAACCGCAAGAUCAUGACCUGAGCAAAGUCGGACGCUUAACCAACCGACUGAGCCACCCACGCGCCCCUACUUCUGGCUAGUCUUUAGAGUUUUAAAGUAAUGAUUAGAUGUUUUUGCAUCUUCUUUUUGGAGAUGAGACUAUGGAUGUCAUACCUACAGCAGAUAUAUGCAGGCACUAAAUUGAUAGGUGUCAGUUUUUCCCAUUCAUUGCUUUCUCCUUUUAUCUGCAAGAUUAAAAAUUGGGUAUAUAAGAUUGUGGACAUCCUGUAAUUUGCAAGACAUAAGGAAGUUUCUAGAACACACCAAAGUAUACCUCAGCACUGAUUUAGAAGAGGCCUGUUCUCAAGUUUAUAACCUUUGCAGAUAUAAUCUAAAGACAAAAAUAAAGUACACAAAUGUGAAUAAAGAGUAGUGUAAAGGUGCUUUCUUCUAGGUAAGACAUUUUAGGUUAGUUUUAGAUUCCUUGAAAUUUGAGAAUUUCCUUACCAAGGAUUUUUAACAGGGAGUUUAGGGUUAUCAAAAACAACUUGGAGCAAAAACAUCAAAAGGUACUCAUAAGCAAAUAUUUAGUACUCUGCAUCAAAGACUCUGGAAUUUUCUACAUGUAGUAGACAGGUAAGGUUGUUACAUUGAUAAAAAGAAUAUAUAUUUUUUUAGAUAAUCCAUUUUUUAAAAGUUUCUAAUAAUCCUUGUAUUAGUUCAGCCAGAAAUUAUUAGACAGCUAGAAAGGUUUAAAAGAAAAAAAGGCUAAGAAGAGUAAAACGCUCUUGGCCAGUUUAAAAAGAACGUAAAGUAAUAGUUAAAAGUACACCUUCUGAAGAGAGAGAACGCAGGGGGUAAAUCACAGCGUUGCUACAUAUUCUGUGACCUUUAGUUAGUCUUUCAGCAUCUUUGUGCCUCCACGUUCUGAGUUUUUAGGUUAUUUUUUAUUUCCAUCUCCUUUUAAUCUUUUAGCUAUUCUAUAUUCUUUUCUUAAACUGGCCAAAACUGUUUUACGCCCCUUUGGUGUUCUCCAGAUUUACUCUAAUGUUUGGAGAUGUGAAUUUCCUUUAUUAAUCUCAGUAUGUGCUGGCUUCCUGUGUCUUUGACAUCAGUUCUAUAAAAUUUUUGGCCACUGACUGA